AGAGCUCCCCCGCCACUACGAGCUCGGGGUACGAAUUUCUAGGAAUCGGCUCUCUUCCCGCCGCGCGCGCUACUGGCCCGCACAACUCGGCCGUCCGCCCGCGCCGCCAGUCGAUGUCUACGAGGUGAGCCGCAACGUGCGCACGCACGUUCAUCCUUUUUACAUUAAAACGACGUACAAUUAUUACUCACCCGGGACGACCUAACAAGAGAAUUGUGGUGGUGAUCCUUGCCCCUUUCGUAGCGUUAGUAAUUGAAACUCGCUAAAAUGGCACUGUGGGCAAAAGCACAGCAAUUGCCCCCAGAGGCAUUACAGAAAGUACGAUCGGUCUACGGCGAGCAUUUCCCAAUAGAGGUACGGCACUUCUUAUCAACGUGGAUUGAAGAAAAAAUGUGGACUGACAUUGAACCAGACAAUCCACAAUACGAACAAUACAUUGCCAACCUUGUCGAAUCUCUUAUCCAAGAGUUAGAAACCAAAGCUGCUUCGUUAAGCAACACAGAUGAUCUCUUUUUGACAAGAAUUAAGUUGAUGGAGGCAGCCAAAAAUUUUAGACAGAGAUAUACCUCACAUCCUGUAGCACUUUUUAAAAUAAUUAGACAUUGCCUAGGGACAGAAAUGAAUCUAGUAUCUCAAGUGGAAAAUCUCAGUGGUACUCUAAUGAACAUGGCUGGAAACAGAAGUCUAAUGGGUGAUUCUCAUGCAGAGAUAGCACAACAAUUGGAUUCACUGAGGCGUAGAACCCAGGAAACAGGAGAAGAUUUGCGAAAAAUGGAGCAGGAACAAGAGUCUUUUGCUAUUGCUUAUCAUGACUGCACAAAGUUGAAUGCCCAUUUACAAAGCAUCUCUACACAACCACAAAAUCAGCAAACCAUUGAAAUAGAAAAAAAGUAUCGUAGACAAAAAGAACAGCAGGAGCAAAACUUGAAUCACAAGGUCACAAUGUUACUCCAACUGCGUUUGACUCUAGCUGAUAAGUUGAAAGAUUCAAUCAGCAAACUUAAUCUCCUGCAAUCAAGAGUGUUGGAUGACGAAUUAAUUCGGUGGAAGAGAGAUCAGCAAUUAGCUGGAAAUGGUGCCAUGUUUACUAGCAACUUAGAUGCCAUUCAAGAGUGGUGCGAAAGUCUUGCCGAGUUGAUUUGGUUGAACCGACAACAGGUGAAGGAAGCUGAACGUCUUAAGCAAAAGCUUGCACUGGAGCCUCCCGGCGUUCAAGAUGUAUGGCCAUCCUUGAAUUCCCAGGUAACCCAACUGCUUAGUUCUUUGGUUACAAGUACCUUCAUCAUUGAAAAGCAACCGCCUCAAGUAAUGAAGACGAACACACGUUUCACAAGUACCGUAAGACUUUUGGUGGGUGGUAAGCUUAACGUUCAUAUGACACCACCGCAAGUUAAAGUUAGUAUCAUCAGUGAGGUUCAAGCUAACGCGUUGCUUAAAAGUGAUAAGAUGGGCAACAAAGGCGAAGCUAGCGGAGAAAUCUUGAAUAAUACCGGCACUAUGGAAUAUCAUCAGGCAACGAGACAGUUAUCGGUUAGUUUCCGCAACAUGCAGUUGAAGAAAAUCAAAAGAACUGAGAAAAAAGGCACUGAAUCCGUCAUGGACGAAAAGUUUUCCUUACUCUUCCAGUCGCAAUUUAGCGUCGGCGGAGGCGAGCUUGUCUUCCAGGUCUGGACACUGAGUCUCCCUGUAGUGGUAAUAGUACAUGGCAAUCAAGAGCCUCAUGCAUGGGCAACAGUCACGUGGGACAACGCGUUUGCUGAACCUGGCCGUGAUCCAUUUGCAGUUCCUGACAAAGUGCCGUGGUGCCAAGUAGCCGAGGCCCUUAACAUCAAGUUCAAAUCGGCAACCGGAAGAGCCCUUACCGACGACAAUCUGCGAUUUUUGGCAGAGAAAGCUUUCCGAGGUAGCAGUUCGGGCUGUCAAGAUUAUUCAAAUUUGCUGCUCAGUUGGGCGCAGUUUUGCAAAGAACCUUUACCUGAGAGAAAUUUCACAUUCUGGGAAUGGUUUUACGCUGUGAUGAAACUUACAAGGGAACACCUCAAAGGACCUUGGAACGAUGGUUAUAUACUUGGUUUUGUUAGAAAGAAGCAAGCAGAGGAAAUGUUAUCGAAUUGUGCAUCCGGCACAUUUCUCAUGAGAUUCUCAGACUCGGAACUUGGUGGCGUAACUAUCGCCUGGGUUGGAGAAUCCACGGAAGUUUUUAUGCUACAACCGUUUACCAGCAAAGAUUUCGCGAUAAGAAGCUUGGCUGACAGAGUAUCUGAUCUACAGCAUCUGCUCUAUCUUUAUCCUGAUUUAUCUAAGGAUCAGGCAUUCUCUAAGUAUUAUACACCGUUCACAGAAAAUCAACAAUUUACCAAAGGUUAUGUAAAGCCGUUCUUAGUAACGCACGUUCCGGGCUGGAGCGGACCAGGAAUAGGUGGAUCGACACCAUCGCAUUCAGUGGGUAGUGGUGCUGGAAGCCAAGGACACGGUGUUAGCUACCCGUCGACGCCAUCAAGCAUGUAUUUGGCUCACAGUCCGGAUUCGUCGGUCACCAGAGACACACCUUCGGUCGCUUCUAGCUAUGCUCCGGGCCUCGGCCAGUCGUCGGUAAGGACAAACGCGGACAUGGACUACGUCGACCUGAUGAAUCAAGGCGAGUUGGCAUCUAUCGAUGAGAACCUCAACUUGGAUCAGCUUAGCAGCUUUGGCAACUUCGAGUUCAUGCAGUCUUACAAGCCCCAGUAGAGGUAUCCUUAAAAACAAUUCAACCAACAGUUUGUUAUUGAUUAUACACACGUUGGCGUCGUCCUUUGUUUCGUUGAAGGCUGAUGUGCUUGUUCGAUAUUGAUAUUGUUGCAGUUAGAGUUUCUUGCAUUUUCGUUUAUCCUUCUUGUUUUUUCUCUUUCUUCUAGUAUUUAAGAUGCGUGAGAUUUUUUUAGGUACGUAACGGAUAAGUAUUACGUUUACUUAAUCAACAUAGGUUAUUGUGCGCCAGCGAGACAAAGAUAACGAGUAGUAGCACGUAGCAGACACUUUUUUAUUCCUGUUAUCAUUAAUAUUAAGCAGUUCUCAGCAGAAUAUUAUCAGCUCCGGAUGGCAUUAUUUAUUACCCGAGUAUGUUGAAAAACGUGCAAUAUUGUUGAUGCUCUGCUGAAUAAUGAUUAUUCUCUUUUUUUCUAGUUUGUAUUUCAAUUUUUUCUUAACAAUUACACAAAAGCAAAUGAUUUGUACUUUAAUUAUAUUUUACUUUGCCUUUGUAUCCCAGUUGCUAAUGUGAUGUUUAGCAAGUCACUUGUUGUGUUAUUUUCUUUAGUGCCUAAAUAGCAACGCUACAUAUUGCACGUGAUAAACGACUUUGAUAAUAAUAUACACGUUUUAUGUAGAGGAUUAUAUAUACUUAUAUUGACGUCAUGGAAUUUCAAAUAUACAAAUAAAACAGGAAGCCUGUCAUAAUGAUCUCGAUGUUCUACAAACAUUUAAUGUAUAUUGAUGUAGUAUAAAUGUUUAAGCAAGCUAACAACGAAAGAACGUAUUAGAGAUCAACAAAAUUACUCGUAUUGGCGUAUUUUUGAAUUAUAAGCAAAAAAAUAAUAGAACGACGGAUAGAUAUGCUUGUUUUCAACAUUAUUUCAUUGCAAGUUAAGAAAUUUACGCGAAAUUUUGAGAGAUAUGCAAUCGAAAGUUUUUCUAUGAUUUUACAUUAGGAAUCGACACAAUCCCAGAAAGACUCAAGGAACAUUGUGACUCAAUUGUGCAAUUUGAUUGAAAAAAAGGACUUGAAAUGUAUGUGCCUUACGAGCAUUGCCGGUAGAAGACACGCGACACUUGAGUUUGCGACUAACCUAAUUUUUUAGAGAGGCUGUUGGAUAUUGAUAUAAUGUUUAAAAUAAGAGGAAAACGUUAGAUGUGCAUUACAAGGUAAAAUAUUAACCAAGAAUACGAAAAAAAAUAACGAUGAAAAAUCUGUUUGGAUGUGUACAGUAUAUAAAAAGAAUUUUUGAAUUGUUAAUUGUAUAUGUAUAAGCCGAUAGGCUGUAUAUGACAAAUUACUAAGAAAGUAUAAAGGACGCCGAGAUAUCAGGGUCUAUACGUUUUUCUUUAUAGUAUAUUUUUCAAGAGAGAUACUUUAGUUGGAUAAGCACAACUAAUUUUACAAUUUCUAGUUUGUAGUUUUUAGAAUAAUUGUAACGACGCGACAAUGCGAAGUCUCCAACAUGUUUCAUUCUAUUUUGUUUUUUCACUUUCAACGCGCAUUUUUAAGCCUAUGGAUAUAAAGAUUAUGUCGAGCCGUUGUAUGGGUGUACUUUUAUCGAUAAGAUAAGCCAUUGUAUGUGAAACUAACAAAUCUGUCGUUUAAUAAACAAGACAAAUACUGAUAGAUGUAGCAAUUUAUGCGCACUCGUUGUGUUUCGUUUGAUACAUAAAGUUUGACGUUCACCAGCGAGAUUUAUCUCUUGCUGUCGAUGUACCUCAAAUCAUCAAUCAUUAUUUCUUCUUGUUUUUUUUGUUUUUUUUUUAUGCACAGAUGUACGUUUGGACAAUAAACAGUGAAUAG